GAACUCGGUUCGUUUUGAGCGACGACAGCAGUUUUUUUUUGUCAAAACGCUAUGUUUGUAUAAUGGUUUGUUUACUCCGUCGACAACGCUGCGUUCUCAAAUGACUCACACGUAUGUGAACGUAUUUAUAAUCCGAAUUGUCAAAGUGGAAUUUGUGUUGCUAUUAAUUUCGAUUGCUGAAACAAUUUCUGGGUGAAAAGAAAGAAAUUUUUUUUUGCUCUUGUUCGUAUUGGAUUGAAAUUUGAAGGGUGAAACAAUCAAUUGGUUGACAAAUCAUCAUUCGUUCGGUCAUCUUGAAUUACAAGAACAAAUACAAACCAAAUAUGGAAGGUCGUUCAAAAAAAGACGAAUUCGAAAAGAGGGAUAUUCCACCGGUGCUGGAAAAACUAUUGGCAUUAGAUGUCGAAUGGACCAAACGAUUUGUAUCGUUUAGUUUAAAUUUUGUUCCAAUUCGAUCGCUUAAAACGCACUGCAAAUUCUUGGAAUAUUCUUGCCAUGGACUGGUUUGGUUGUCAGCUUUGUUGGCCAUUUGCUGGCUGAUUGACAAUCCAAAUUACUAUCAAACCCAGAUGAAUCUAUUUGUUGGCCUCAUCUUAGAUAUAUUUUUUGUAGCUGGCAUUAAGGCGGCAACACGACGAAGGCGUCCAACAAUCGAUGACAGCUUCCUUACCAUUGGACCGGAUAAGUUUAGCUUUCCAUCGGGUCAUGCAUCACGGGCAUUUUUCAUAUUGUGUUUCUUCACCGCACUUGAUCCAAUGCCAUUAUUGUUUUGGCCACCAUUAUUUGCAUGGGCCACCAGUGUUGCCUUAUCACGAUUGCUACUCUAUCGUCAUCACAUUCUUGACGUGUUGGCUGGCAUCACACUCGGUACACUAGAGGCAUUUUUGAUUUGCAUACUUUGGAUGGGAAAAGACACAUCUGCAUGGGUCAUGUCUUGGUUAUCGGAUGAAAAACUACCCAGCGGAAGCACACAAGAAGAUUUAUUCUAAUCUCAAAUCCGUUUUGUUAUGGGCAAACAAUAUUUGAUUUGUUAUGAAAAGAAAAAUCGAAACCAAGUCAAUUCGUUGUAAAUGCUGAACAAUUUUACAAGACCUUUUUGAAAAUAUUAUUUUGUUAUUUCUACCAAAACUCCCCAUUUGCUUCAAGAGAAUAAAAAAAAACAGAAGAAAAUGAUAAGAAAAAA